AGGUACACUUAAGGGAAAAGGAAAACGAAGAAGAAACACGAGCAGCUCUGCGCAAAACAGCUACGUGAGCUAAUGUUUUCAUUAGGCCGACUGGUUAUAAUUGCUAAAAUAUCUCGCGUAAUCCCGAAUUAAAACCUUAUAUGCCAACGGAAAAUGAUGACCCGAACCGUAAUCGGACGAUUUGAGUAAGAAGGGCACAACUAGCCUAUUUCGUUAGCGCUAGCGGCCUAAGCUAACGGGUUAGCAUACUUUCUCUCCCCGAGCGCCUCUUUUUACUUUGCUUAGCGUACAUUAUUAUUAUUGUCGAUGUUGUUUCAAAUCGUUGAAAACAAGUAAGCGGAAUAGGUUGUUAUCCAUGAGCUAACAGCAGGAUAGCAGCGUUCAAAUACGGUCAGCUAACAUGUCUUUAGUCGCCUAUGGCAGCAGUGAUGAUAGCGACGCCGACGACAGCUCCGCAGCACCAGGCAGUAGAAAACAAGGCUCAGGGGGGCUAUUUUCACUCUUGCCCUCCCCCCAGAAAACAGCACCCAGAGAAGACCCCCAGCAAGCUCCAAAGAGUUUAUUUUCGAGUCUGCCCAGACCCAGGAAGCGAACAGAGCCAGUGAGGAUUCCCGUACCGCAGAUCCAGAAACAUGACUCAGACUCUGAUGACGACGAACCAACCAAGAAGAAGCUUCCGUCACAGGCUGCAGGUUCCGGUUUGUCCUCCCUUCUGCCGCAGCCUAAAAACUUGACACGAAAGGAGAUGGACCGACCUCUCAUUCCUCACACGCUCACCAAGCGCUCCGAGCCCAAAGGAGCCAAGCCGGGACUCCCUAGUCAGAGCCUCCUGGGCGCCAGCGCGUCACCCUCUGCCAUCAAGGCUGCUGCCAAAUCGGCAGCUCGGCAGCUGGCCAGACAGAUCGUCGCCACCGACGACCACGAGGAAGACAUUACGCCGCAGAAUUACUUCUCUUUUGGCGAGACUCCAGAGCGGCCUCCUGCCGUGGUGCCCAGCUACGAACCCGAGCCUGUCGUCCCAGUGGAGCCGCUCCCUCCGCUGCCUGCUGGCGAGCUGAGCCAGUCAGACGCCCCUCUUGACUUUGGCGGGGGCCACGAGGGGGCUGGCGCUUGGGGUGGCCAAUAUCCUCAGUGUCAGCAGCCUAUGGCCGGACCAGAGUCUUACCCUGAGGGAUACAACAGUGAAGCCUAUUACCAAGAUCCAAGCCCCGGGUUGCCUGACGCAGAAGAACCGGGUCACUCCGCAAUGUUUGACGACGAAGCGUUCAUGCGGCUGCAGGGCAAAAGGAAUCGAGGCAAGGAAGAGGUGAAGUUCUUGGAGAUCAAAGGAGACGACCAGCUGAGCGGCCACCAGCAGUGGCUCACCAAGAGCGUGUCGGAGGAGAAGAAUAACCGCAGUUCCUUCAGCAAGAAAAGGGGAGGACAGCCCACAGGACAACAGAGACGCAAGCACCAGAUUACAUAUCUCAUUCACCAGGCAAAAGAACGCGAGCUGGAGUUGAAGAACAGCUGGGCAGAAAACCGAAUGACCCGCAGACAGACCCAGGCCAAAUAUGGUUUCUGAGUCCCCUCC